ACACAAAUAUCUCUUUGUGUAUGUAUGCAUUUCACCUCACUCAACUUUGUGUGUAAUUUGUCUUCGUGUCGCCCUUACUCCUAUUUUUCAUUUAGAAACCAAUGUUAUGUAUUAAAAGUCUUGUAUAAAUAAUGAUUUAACCGAAUAACGAAUUUAUAGAACGUUUAUUUAUUGUGACAAUGAGCUUAGUAUGUAAGAUAAAUUGCAUAUUUGCGUGAGGCUUCAGUCGUCACGGAGUUGUAGCAAGGGAAGUGGAGAAUGUCGGGUGCCAGCUCCGACCUGUGAUGUGGUCUUGUUAGAGGGUAGUUUUAAAAUGAUGAAAUACUAAUCGCCUAGUGUCAGUUUGCCGCGUUGUAACCAGGCGCGAUGGAUCCCUCUAUCUUUUUGCAAUAUUCUCCCCCAAAUGGGCUUCCCCAGGAAUCAAAACUAGCGACGUAUAUGACCCUUCAGAAUGGACCCGUUCCACAAUACACAACACAUUACGUACCACAUCUGUCUAUCUACCCCAUUGUUAGAAGAGAGGAAGUUGAAGAGGCGGAGGAAUUAGAGAGAGAUUUACGGAACCGUUCUACGUCAACCCCCACAAGGUCCCUGAACCAGGCAAUGGGCAAGCUGAGUUUGGAGUCUUCUCCUACAGCCAUUAAAAAACCAUUCCCGCAGGUCCUCAUAGGGGAGUUCAUGCCCGUGAACUAUUUCACGCCAUUCCUCCCCGAAUCCCCGGAGAGCUCGCCCCCAUCCACCCUGGCUAAUCUCCAGGGGAACCUCCAGGGAAACCUCCAGGGGAAUCUCCAGGGAAAUAUUACAGGCAACAUACAGCAAAAUACCCAGCAAGUACAUCAGGAGAAUGUUGGCGGCACGACGUACUUUUAUUCCACAAACGACAGCAUGAACUCGACCGGCGGACUCAAUGCUUCUGCAUCUAUGGGCCAGCCGGAGCAAUGCCUAGGCGUGGUGGGUCCGGGGCCGGUGGUGCCCUCUCCGUACGCGACGCAGAUGUACGCAGGCACACCUACACACAUGGGACCCAUAACGCAGACCAAGCCUGGCCUCGCAGCGACAUUCUACAUGCCAGAGACCAUUCGCCAGGAGAUCUACCAGCGGAAUGAAGAGGUGUUCCUGCAGACGGAUCUGCGCCAGUUCCCUGAUCUACCAGAGAAUGUCGAGAUGUACUCAGAGCUGACGCCGAUCGAAUGCACCCCGCACUCUCUAGCCACAUCCUACCGCGCCACGCAUCGCCAGAGCGGCGAACACUACGCUCUGCGCCGUCUGCAUUCGUACUCGAACGUGGCCACCAAGCGGCUCGAAAUGUGGAAGCAUAUCGACCACCCUAACGUCGUGCGGUUUCAUGAGUGCUUCACCACCAAGGCGUUCGGUGAUCACUCAAUGGUGUUAGUAUACGACUACCACCCGGCCUGCGUGACCGUUAUGAACCAGUACCUCUCCGGCGGAAGCUCGGCCCCCGGCGAAGGGAACACCUUCCACGAUCCGUUCAGCUCAGACCCGGACGCGCCGCGCCCCUACACACACCAGAAAAACGCCAUGUUGCGCGCAGUGGCGUGCGGCGCACUGCUCCCAGAGGCGGUGCUCUGGAGUCUACUAGUGCAGCUGACGGCCGCUCUGCGCGCCAUACACACCGCCGGACUAGCUUGCAGAAACCUGGACCCGACUAAAGUGGUGAUGAACGGGUGUCGAGUGCGCGUGGCCUGGUGCGGCGUCGCGGACGUGCUGCACACUAACACCAACGACGUGGGACAGGCGCAACAAGAGGACCUCACGGCGCUAGGACGCCUCGCGCUGGCGCUGGCGUGCCGCACGGUGCACUGCGACAACCUGCCCGCCUCCAUGGACCUGGUCGCGCGCACCUACUCCGCCGAUCUCAAGAACUUCAUACUGUAUUUGCUGUCGACGUCGCCCGCCCGGCGUUCCGUCACGGAUCUCAUGCCCAUGAUCGGAGCCAGAUUCUACACACAGGUGGAGGCGCUGGAGAGACGGGCGGACGCGUUCGAGGAGCAGGUCGCGCAGGAGAUCGACAACGGUCGUCUCCUGCGCAUACUGAUCAAGCUGGGCGUCGUCAACGAACGGCCCGAACUGAACAUGGACCCAGCCUGGUCAGAGACCGGCGACCGCUACAUGCUGAAGCUGUUCCGCGACUACCUGUUCCACUCGGUCGGCGCGGACGGCCGGCCGUGGCUCGACUACGCACAUCUGGCGCACUCACUCAACCAGCUGGACGGAGGCUCCUCCAACCAGGUGGAACUGAUGUCUCGAGACGAGCAGAGCGUGCUCGUGGUGUCGUACGCGGAGCUGAAGCACUGCCUGGAACAGUCCUUCGAGGAGGUGACCCAGGCCGCUUCCAGCUCGCACCUCGCCAACUAACCACAGAUCUCACAAUACUUGUCUAACGUUAGGUGAACAUUUUGUUUGGUCGCCUCUUCCGGAACAAGGACUGCGACUGUUGAACUAUUGGUAAUACUUGCUAGUUCUUCGGAACUGACUGUUUUUGUUUGAGUAUUAACUAUAAUCUGUUCUUUUAGAUAUUUAAAGGAAUGUAAGCUAGAAUAAUCACGUGACUCCGAUAUUAUACCAUUGGCUAAAUGAUCGAGUCGACAGGGUUCUGUUAGUUUAGAUUUCUUUAAGAAUCUUAGCAAACAGACGAUAGUAUUUAAGGAUCUCUCAGUUUUAUGGAACAAAUGGUAAGCGGUCGAUAAAUUUACUCAAUAGCUGGUUAAAGCUACAGGAAUUUACAGUGUAUUAAUGUAAAUGUGGUAUUUUCUAUAAAAAGGGACCUUAUUGUCGAUGGCGCUUACGCCAUUAUAAACGUUGCUCGGAUAUAAAUACAAUGCCGUGCGGCGUAAGCGCCAUCGACAAUAAGGUCCCUUUUCAUACAAAAUGCCCCAAAUAAAAGGAAGCUGAAAGAAAAUAUUGUAAUAACUAAUUUGCUAUUUGUGACUUUUACACUCAAAAGGUACCACAUUGUCGCAUACCAUAAGCACGAAAAUUGCUUGUAUUUUCAUGCGAAAAACCUGUCAAUGCGUCCUUAUGGCGGACAAUCGGGUGCCUUUUGCUUGAAAACGAAACAUUUAUGCACUGAUGGCCUGUUUGUUUUACAAUUACCUAUUUAUUACCCAUUUUAAUGUCUGUUGUCGCAGUUCUUAACUAAGGACAUUAGUUGAACGCUACGGACACCUUGUGUAGUAAGAUUAUGUACAUUAGUUGUUAUAAAUACGAAUCAAACUGUCGUCAAACUAGCUAAGGUUGGUUCAGUUAAGAAAUUCAAUUUAAAACUACUUUUUACAUAAUCGCCUUGAUAAUUAAUAUAAAGUCCAUGAGGCAUUUUAUAUUAUCGUCAUUGUGGCAAUGAUGCCAAUGUGGCCGAAUCGAAUAUGUUGACAAAGGCAGAAUUAUUUAUCACGCGCUAAAAUUAAUAUUUUACGCCAUUUUCCGAGAUUGACGAGAGGUAGGGUUACUAGAAGUUGAUGCUUUAAAAACAGUACAAAUACGGCUGUCGCUCGCGACCUUUGUGUUCACCUUGCAAUAUGAAAUGAACCUAUUUUUGUAAUAAAAUGCCACACUAGCUGAAGUUCUGCCAAUGUACAGGAAUGCGAGGAGUUUUUGUUCGUGCAAGUAGGUACAUACCUAUAGCCUCAUGUGAAACGUUCAACUAUAUGGUUUCAGUGGUAUACAAAUAUGUACGCUGCAGAAACGUCGUCAGUAUUGACAAAUUGUAAAAAAAUGUGCAAUUAAACUGAACGUGGGUGGUGGCUUUAAAGUUUUCUUCCGUGUAUACCUAAAUGUUUUAAAGCUCCAGAACGACAUUACAUUGCUGUCGAUUGUCGAUUGCCGAAUAUGUGGCGGUCAGUGAAUAAAACCCAGUUUGUGAACGGUUCCUGUGUCCCGGUACAUUGACAGAAGCUUAAAUGCGAAGGUCUCUAGUAAGAAAUUAUACUAAAUGAGCAACUAGCUAGACCAAAUGUGUCCCCUGAUGUAUUACGAAACUACAAUAAAGUGUCAAACUGGACUACAAAGUUAUCUUUGCCGUUACGAGCAACUGUCCUCGGCUGCUGUCGCCCACGGCAUCGAUAACUUUGUACAAGCGAUAUUCUAAUAGCACCAACGAAACUAAAACGCCAAGUGUAAUUGUGCCACACUACGUAGGUCGGUUCGGUCGGUAUUUAAAUUAUCUAAUGAUAUGCUGAAGACCAAUUCGAAUUGGAAUAUUGUGUAUUUAAUUUCUAUGCAACGUAUAUCAGUUUUGGUUCCACAGCAGACUUUAAUAAUAUCGAUAUUUUCAUUAAAUGAAUGUCCGAUGACGGCAAUAGUUUAUUCUAAGACGCAAUGUAUUGCAAAAUUUGUUAUGUUUAAAGAGUGACCAGCAACGUCAAACACACAGAUGGCAGCGUACAUUGAAAAUAAUAUUUAAUUAGUAUGAAAAAGGUAUAAUCUAAAAAUUUCAUAAUUUUAAAAAGUUGCU